CAAUAAAUAUAUACUUUGACAAAAGGUGUACAGAAAAAAAAAAGGUUUUACAACGUGGACCGUCACAAUUGACGGGGAGGAGGAGCGGACUAACCUCGCCUAUUGGGUGGUCAUGUAUGCUAGUUGAAAGUCCUGUGUGCAUGAGUGAUGUACCCUUCUCACCAGGAUCUGAAGCCUCUGUGGUGCUUCCCCACUUAGGCAACGAAGGUAAAAGUAUAGAGGAAUGUAGAUAUGAUCAGGUAAAGGGGAAACGCUGCGAGGCAGGACAACGUCGGACAGUCCUGCGUAAACCCUGAUGCCUGUGUCGAAAGUGUGCUGCUGCUUUUUCCUCUCCCACCUACUCAUGCCACAGUCAUUUUGAGGACCUGGCCAGGCUUCUUAGUGAAAACGUGUCAAACUCAAUAUGGAUCUAUUUUGCCUUGAAAAGGAACCGACUAUCAGAGCGCAGCGAGACCCCAGUAUUUUUUGCGAUAACAGAGUGUUGAAGAGCCUGUUGACAGUAGAAGACAGAUUUUUACCCCAGGGACCUUAUUUUGAACGUGUGCAGAAGGAUAUUAAGCCCUUUAUGAGGCGAAUAGUUGCUACUUGGAUGUUGGAGGUUUGUGAAGAAGAGAAGUGCGAUCAAGGCGUUUUCCCACUGGCUGUGAACUACCUGGACAGAUAUCUUGCUGCAGUUCCCACAAAGAAAUGCUAUUUACAGCUUCUAGGGACUGUUUGUCUGUUCCUGGCAUCCAAGAUGAAAUCAUGCCAGCCGUUAUCUGCGAAGAAACUGUGUCUUUACACAGACAACUCUAUCACAAUUCAAGAGUUGCUGGACUGGGAGCUGGUGGUGCUGGGAAAAUUGAAGUGGAACAUGGCAGCUGUCACCCCUUAUGACUUCAUAGAACAUAUCCUGUGCAAGCUACCCUUACCUGAGGACAGGGUGCUGCUGAUUCGUAAACACGCACAAACGUUUGUCGUCCUUUGUGCUACUGAUCACAACUUUGCGAUGUUCCCCCCCUCGAUGAUCGCUACAGCGAGCAUCUGCGCAGCCGCGUGUGGACUCCAGCUGGACCGGGUGGAGGACAACGUCUGCAGGCAUGGCCUGACUGAGCUUUUGGCCAAAAUCACCCACAUCGAAGUGGACUGCUUGAAGUCAUGUCAGGAGAAGAUUGAGCAGUUGCUGGCCAGCAGCCUCAGAGAAAGUCAGCAGCACAAACAUAAGGAGGGUGGGGCAAUUUGCAAGGAAGCGGAGUCUCAGAGCCAGUCAUGCACACCUACAGAUGUUCGUGACAUCAACUUAUGAUGUUACUUUGACCCCAGAACUACCACAAUUCCUCAAGCUGAAAUUUUUAUAUUUAUAUUUUAUUAUAUUGCAUAGCCUGUGAAAAGAUACAGAGCAACAAAACAUAACAUAUAUAUAAAAUGCACAGCCGAAAUUUCAAACAGUAAUGAAUCUUUACAAAAAAAAAACAAAAAAAA